UAGCUGAGGCUCCAAGAGGUUGGUGGCGUGACUUGACCAAGGUUAAAUAGCCAUCUAGGAGCCAUGUCUACUUUGUUUCCCUCACUCUUCCCCCGUGUGACUGAGACGCUCUGGUUUAAUCUGGAUCGGCCCUGUGUGGAGGAGACCGAACUGCAACAGCAGGAACAGCAGGAACAGCAGCAUCAGGCCUGGCUCCAGAGCAUUGCAGAAAAGGACAACAACCUGGUACCUAUUGGCAAGCCAGCCUCAGAGCACUAUGAAGAGGAGGAGGAGGAAGAUGAUGAAGAUAGCAAGGAAGAUUCAGAGGAUGAUGAGGAUAUGCAGGACAUGGACGAGAUGAAUGAUUAUAAUGAGUCACCUGACGAUGGAGAGGUCAAUGAGGUGGACAUGGAAGGCAACAAGCAGGAUCAAGACCAGUGGAUGAUCUAG